AUGCCUGCCAAUGGCAGCGAGAUGCCGGAACGUCGGAUAAUGGAUGCGCAGGAAAUCCAGCGUUCCCUGUCCCGCAUCGCCCACGAGAUUCUGGAGCGGAACCGGGGCGUCGAGGACCUGGUGCUGGUGGGCAUCCACACCCGUGGCGUGAUUUUGUCCCAGCUAUUGGAACAGAACAUCCUGCGCUUUGAGGGCAACUGCGCCCCCUUGGCAGAACUGGAUAUCAACCUGUAUCGCGACGAUUUGCAGGCUCGGGAGAGUCCCCGUGUCCGGCCCACCAAAUUUCCGGUGGACAUCCGCGGCAAGAACGUAGUGCUGGUGGAUGAUGUCCUUUUCACCGGCCGCACCAUCCGUGCUGCGCUGGACGCCCUCAGCGAUCUGGGCCGGCCCCGGCAGGUGCAGCUAGCGAUUCUGGUGGACCGGGGCCACCGCGAGUUGCCGAUACGGGCGGACUACGUGGGCAAGAACGUGCCCACCAGCCUGGACGAAGAGGUCAAGGUGCGGCUGACGGAAACGGACCAGACCGAGGAUGUAAUCAUCGUCAAACUGGGGCGGGAGAUAAAAUGA